AUGACUGUCGGAUUAGAGUGCUUCCAUCGGCGUCAUCAACGGUUCCUUGACAGAUACAUUAACGAUCCUUCCUACAAGCUCAACCAUCUCAACCGGGACACCCAAUGGGAAACAAGCUGGGGAUAUGACAGUUUGCUCUAUGCUCCUCUGCUGAUAUAUGCCAAACAAAAGCGAAUUCGCUUGUAUGGGCUGCAUCCAACAGAUGAAAUGGUCCACGACGUCUUGACCAAGGGGAUUGAUGCCAUUCCAACAUCACUGCUGAAGGGUGUCGUCACUCAAGAACCGGGGCACUAUGAGCAGUAUCAACGAAUCAUGAAGGUCUCCCCCGAGAAACUUGCACGAAAUCCUUCAUUCUCGAAACAUUUCGAUCGCAUGUAUCAGGUUCAAUGCUUUCGGGAAGAAUACAUGGCAGAAUCGGUCCUGGUUGAAGUGAACCGCCAUCAAAAGCACCCCCAAGGACACUGGACAGCCGUCCUGGCGGGUGAAAACCAUAUCUUGGGAAGAGGAGGCAUUCCUUCUCGGGCCUUACGGAGAUCUUCGUCCAGCCUCUUGGCUACUGGGCACACACCUGGCAUGAAACUAACACCCAAGAAUCGCGGUGUCUUCACCGUCAUGCCUCGCACCAUAUCAUUUCCCAUGGUUGCCAACGAGGCACCUGGGCGCAUGGCUGCGGACUAUGUCUGGUACGUGGAGAAUGACACCUUAAAGACAGGCCAAGUCAAUGCAUCUCCAUUUCGGAAUCUUGCCUAG